AUGGGAUCAGGAGGAUCUAGUGGGAAAUCAUCCAGCUCGUCUGUGAAAUCAAACAGCAAUAACAACAAAAGUAGGGUUGUGCCAGAAGAUCCGCUAAGUUCGCAAGGGUAUGGGAACGAUAAUAGUCCAGAAAAUAGACCUGCCAGCUCUACAACGACUGCAUGGGCAAUUUGGGGGAGCAAGACCGGGAACAAAAACAUAGACGCUCCAGAUGGUACGGAAAUAGAAGAUUUGAAAAGUGGUGAGCCUACCGGGAAUGAAGCGGGCUGGUGGAAAAAGACCUCUAUAAGCUCUCUGCGAGCUUUUUCAAGAGGCGAUAACACCACCACUCCGCUAGAAAACCCGAAAGAGACCAAUCCAAUAACAACGAAAACCGCAACCGCAGCUAAUACUGCAGUACCGGCUGAAUUAGCGAAUUUGUCGGAGCCUAGAAGACGGGCAUGGUCGUUUUGGAACCGGAAAAGUGCAGAAAGUGAAGAGAGCCCCGCAGCAACGGAGGUGAUAGAUUCGUCCUCAAAUAAUAAUGGCAGUGGCGGUGUUGGUGCAUUAAAACCAAUCAUAAACGAACUGAUAACCGGUGGGAUCGAUGAUGCUAUUUUGUUCAAAAAGAAGGCCUCAGACGAAACCGCUACGGAGCAAAAUCUGGAGAACAAAAAUGAAGAACAAGGUCAUUUGCAAAAUAUACUGACCCCAGAAUUUGAAAUACUACCGCAACACACAGCGAUGGCUUCUGUUUAUUCUAACAUGGGCAAGUAUGGGCGUAAAUGGCAUUUCUUGUCUGAAAACACGCUAAAGCAGAAAUCAUUGUACCGGAGGAAGGCUGCUACCACCCUUUACAGCUUGAGAGCAGACGAAAAACAGCCCGUCAGGGUACUUUUGAUAGGCAUUCAUGGGUUUUUCCCAACCAGAAUGAUUCGACCUCUGAUAGGCGAGCCCACGGGCACAUCCACCAAGUUUAUCACCGAGGCCGAAAAGUCGGUUAUUCGUUGGUUUCGGGAGCAAAACACACCCGUAGAAAUUAGCAAAAUAGCUCUGGAACGGGAGGGGAAAGUAAUGGACCGUGUGGAGUUUUUUCUAGAGGUCAUCAAGAAAUGGGUUGACGAGAUGAACAAAGCAGACUUCAUUUAUUUUGUGGCACACUCACAGGGAUGUCCCGUAUCUAUAAUUUUGCUGGCAAAAUUGAUAGAGGAAGGUAUAUUACAGCUGGAUCAGACAACACUAGUAUCACCGGAAUCAGAGGUCGCGACAGGCACAGUCAAAAAGAAAGUGGUCAGCAUUUUAGCGAUGGCGGGAGUUAAUAAUGGACCCUUCUACGGGGUUGAUCAGACAUUAUUUGUAAGGGCAUAUUCUACUAUCGAAAACGACUCCCUAAGGGAGCUUUUCCAGUUUCAAAAUUUUGAUUCUUUCUUGGCGAGAAAAUAUAUUCAAAGUCUCAAAAUUAUCAUAGCAAGCAAUGUCAAAAUCACAUUUGUGGGUUCAAUCAAUGAUCAACUGGUGCCUCUUUAUUCAUCGACUUGUCUGUUUGCUCACCAUCCUAAUUUGUUUAGAGCGACUUUUAUCGACAAGGACUCCAAAACUCCAGAUUUCAUUACACGCAUUGUUGGGAUCGCAAAUCACCUCAACAACCUAGGUUAUGAUGAUCACGGAAUAAUUAAAGAAAUCAGCGCCUCUCUGGCUGGAACGUUGACUGGCGGUGGCCAUUCUAAGAUCUACAAUGAGGGUCAAGUGUACGAUCUGGGAAUAAAGUUUGCUCUAGAAACAUCUAAUGCUCCGGACGAUCAAGCAGUAAGAUAUGAAACAUACAAUGUGGAUGAGUUGGGCUCCAACCCAUAUCAUUUGCCAUGGUGCAUGAGAGGUUUAUUGUUCGAGACUGGUUCUCAUAUCGGUCGCCAACAGAUCAUGGAUUUAUUUCGUGAGUUUGAAGAAUGGGAUCCUCAAACUAAGUUGCUGAAAGACGUCAAGUAUAGAUUAAAUGGUCUUCGGUCGAAGUUGUGA